AGGAGGCAACCUCUCGGAAUUCACAUCACUCCUCAGUUUGUGUGAGACCUCCGGAGGGGAAACGCAAUGUUCGGAUCAGUUGCCCUCAUGUGUUGAUCUCUCUGUCUCUGAACCAUACACAUUCCUCAGGCCACCGUUCUUCGCCAAGUCGCGCCAAUUCAACAAGUUUGACCCCCGCGAUUCAGUGUUAAAAUUAGAAAACAACGUGUCACCAAUCGUUCUAGUUUAAGACAACAAACAUGGCAGUGUUUGGCUUAGUGUCCGCCGUGGCCGGAUUCGUCAAAGUCCGGUACCUUAUCGACAAAGCCAUCAUCGAUAACAUGAUCUUCAGAUGCCACUACAGGAUAACAAGUGCGAUCCUCUUCGUGUGCUGCAUCAUCGUAACAGCUAAUAACUUAAUAGGAGAUCCAAUUUCUUGCAUUAACGACGGAGCAAUUCCCACUCAUGUGAUCAACACAUACUGCUGGAUCACGUACACUUUCUCCAUUCCCGGACAACAUGGGCGACACAUAGGGACUGAAGUUGCACAUUCCGGAUUGGGCAAUGACAAUGCCGAAAAGACCUUCCACAGCUACUAUCAGUGGGUUCCCUUCAUGCUCUUCUUCCAGGGCAUUUUAUUCUACAUUCCGCACUGGUUCUGGAAGAACAUCGAAGAUGGCAAAGUCCGCAUGAUCUCUGAGGGAAUGCGAGGUUUCCUCGUGUCCAACGUCGAGGAGAGACUAUCGCGCCAGAGACGCCUUGUUCAGUACAUGGUGGACAGCCUGAGCACUCACAACACCUACGCUACCGGAUACUUUGUGUGCGAAUUGCUCAACUUCAUCAACGUCGUGGGGAAUAUUUUCUUCGUGGACAAAUUCCUGGGCGGAGCUUUCUUGACAUACGGCACAGACGUGGUGAAAUUCAGCAAUAUGAACCAAGAAAGUCGCUAUGAUCCAAUGGUUGAAGUCUUCCCGCGCGUCACCAAGUGUACAUUCCACAAAUACGGAGCUUCAGGAAGUAUCCAGAAGCACGACGCAAUGUGCGUUCUGGCACUCAACAUUCUCAAUGAGAAGAUUUACAUUUUCCUCUGGUUCUGGUUUAUCAUUCUCUCCAUUCUGUCUGGAUUGGCCAUCAUCUAUUCAGCCGUUAUUGUGAUGAUGCCCACAACACGUGAAUUCAUUAUUAAGCGUCGCCUUCGCUGCAGAUCAUCGCAGGAAAUUGAGGCGCUCAUUAGAAAAGUUGAGGUUGGAGACUUUCUGCUUCUUCAUCUCCUGGGACAGAACAUAAAUGUGGCUUCAUUCGGUGAUAUUCUUCAUCUACUAUGCAACCAACUUGUCGAAAGUCCCGACGUGACUCCAUCAGCCCCGUCAACCCUCGAAAUGGCGCCGCCCGCACUGGAAAUGGAUCCCAUUAACAACCCACUGCUGAAGAAUCUCCAGAUGGAGAAGGUCUGAUGAUGGUUAACAUGGGGAGGAAUUAGAGCAACAUUCAACAUGCGGAGAACAGUGGAGACGAAGUGAAUGAAUCAAAAUCCUUCCUACAUUCUUCCUAUCGACAAAUCAGCGGGAGUUUCUUCAGCAUUUAUCCAUCGCGUACGAGAGAUGUGCAAAAUUUAGCAUAUAAACACAAUUUUAUCUCAUAACAAAGUGAUAUCUUAUAAAUUUUCGCGAGAGUAUUCUAAUUAACUAAAGCAAAAAUGAAUCGCUAGGCAAAAAGACAAGUGAAAUCGAAAUCAUCCCCGGUAAAAUCAUCCCACAAUUUUAGCCUCAACAAUACUUAUCAUUAUAUAUUUUAUCUAGAUGACGCCAUAUUUUCUUAGAAUUUAUUUAAUUAAGAGAAUUUUUAUGAUUGUUUGAUGAAUGUAGGUAAAGAACAAAACUUUACAUGGAAAACUUGUACAAGCUCUUAUUGUAGUUAUUAUUCUAUAUAUUUCAAUACCACUUAAAAUGCUUAUGUUUGUCUUCAGCAUACUUCUCAUAUUUCACUUUUGCAUUGCACAACAAUUAAAUAUCGUAUUUUAUCAAGACUGCAGAUCAAUUAUAAAAAAAAAUUGCUGUGCAAUUGAAUGGAGAGAUAAAAAUUGAGCGUAUCUUUUUAUAAAUAAAGGUUUUUAGUAAGAUGAAGAGAAAAAUUUUCGACUAGAUAGGCAAAAAAAACGAAGAGCAAGUAUUUGAGGAGGUUUCAUAAUAAGAAUAAGGAGAAUAUUUUUUCUAAGAUAAGUGAUUUUGUCUAUGAGUUUUAUCUAAGAAGCUGCCUGAAUAUUUUGUGAUCAAUAAAUAU